GAUUAGAUUUUUUGGAAGAAAUAGUUGAUAUAUCCUCACUCGACUUUUUGAUUUGUUCAUUCUUCUCUGGUUUUGGGAAGCAAACUGAAAGCAUAUGAAACUCCAACGUAGCAGUUUUGGUUGUACAAAGAAUAUCGUCUUCUACGAACUUGGUCAAUCUUGUUAACUUGAGAUCAAGAUGGCAGAGGAUCCCGAGGGCUUGGAUACUUGGGUUGACGUCAGGGAGGAACUUGGGUUGAAUCAACCGUCUAUGUCUAUGUCCACGUCCAAUCCGAAUCCUGGUACCAAAACAACUCCAUCCUGUGGUGAGAAAUUAUCGAAGAUUCGGAAUAUGCAUAAGGUCCUUGUCCAUCGAGCCAUCCGAGCUUAUUUUGGUGAAAUGCCACUCAGCGUAUUGAAGGUUAGUAGGGAAAAGGAACCGUAUGAUCGUACCAGGAAUCUAUGCUUAGAAUACGAAGCUGUUCAUGCCGAUAGUACAACUCCUUAUCUUAGUGUCUGUCCUGCUUCUCUUUAUAGUGCUAAAGUUGGUGGGCUUGGAUCUGCUGUGGAUCUCACAAAUGCAAUCGCCUGCAUUGAAGGGCCCUCGGAGAGUCCAUAUGCUGGGGGUAUCUUCUUUCUGCACAUUUAUUUUCCUAUUCAAUAUCCUGAAAGUCCUAUGAAAGUGCGCUUCUUGACACAGAUUCAUCACCCGAAUAUCAGUACAGAUGAAGAUCUCUACUUGCCCAGUAUUGCAGUUGAAUGGCCUCUGAAGAAAUCUUUACAUGAAGUUCUUUCGUCGAUAUUCUCAAUUCUUAGCAAGCCCGAGUUGGAUGAUCAUUUCAUACCUGAGAUUGCGAAGGAGUAUAUUGAUGACUACAAGGGGUUCUUCGAGAAGGCAACAAUUUCUACAAGCAAACAUGCGUCGAAGGAGAGACUAGACGUGGGAAAAUUGGUGUUAGAUUGGAUACAAGACUACGUGUCACUUGAUUACGAAAUUGCAUCGUGUCACAAGGCUCUCUUGUUAUGGCGUCAGAAUAUAUGGGAGGCAUUACCAAAAGAUGGUAGUGUCGAAGACGUCGAAUUGCAAUGCGUCAUACCAGACUCUGCCAUAGUGACUAUAUCUAAGAACUUGAGGAGAUUGUGUACUGGAGAAGUUGGACUUGAAGGAAUUGACUUGAGUGGAUGGGAUAAGUGUGAUCAGUAUAUAAGAGAUCAUUCUAAGUCUUCGCUUGGAAAUACACUGGUUUUAGUGUGGCUCAUGCUCCAAAAAGAAAAGAGAGGUAUCAUAGACAAUGAUUACAUGCUUCCUGGCUGGGCCCCAAACAUUACUGUUGAAACAUGUCAGCUUUUUCUGAGGCAGUGGCGAGAUGAAGUAUGGGGAGCGUACCCAGAGGAUACCUUCAACGAUCUUCAAUCUGUCAUACCAGAUUCUGCUAUCGUCACCAUAUCUAACAAUCUGGAAAAAUUAGGCUACGGUCAUAUCAAACUUGAGCAUUUGGACUUGCGGGAAUGGGACUACAGCACUGAGUUUAUAGAUGAAGGAAAUGAAUUUGGUCUUCGGAAUUUGCUACAAAACAUAUGGGAGGAGUUCGGCGAGGCAAAAGAGAAGACUAAAAAUAUAGCUGUUCCAGGACGCAGUCAUGAUUCCAGUGCUAAAGGUCCCAAGCCUCCCCGGGGACUACAACUUCUCGGUUUCAAGAUUGCAAGUUAUAAAUUCAAUCAGAAAUCAUUUUCUUCAAGAAGCCGUCUCCUUUCUCAUAGGGCUAGAAUCUUAAAGUCCAAACAAGAACCACGGAUUACAAAAAGUGAUCAGAACUCCAAGGCUAAAAAUUCAAAGUCCAAGCAGAGAUUACAAACCAAGACAAGUGCUUCUGGCGCCAAAGCUGACAGCUCAAGUUCUGGUCAGGGAUCAGGAGUUGCAAAAGGCGGACUCGGCUCAGAGAUUGGAAGCUCGAAUUCUAACAAGCGACCACAAAUUACGCGAAAUAAUCUUGUUACCAAUAUUCAAGGUUUAGCCUUUGAAGUCGAAGAACUAGACUUUCCAAUUUCGAAAGAUGAUCUCAGACCUAUGGCUGAAGAUUUAAGCUUUAACAUCGAGGAACUAGACUUACCAAAUUCGAGAGAUGAACUCAGAUCCAUGGCUGGAGGUUUAAAGACUAGCCAGGAAUUACAAGCUACAGGAGGCGAGGAGACCAGCAAGGGUCUCAAGGGAGGCAGUAAAGGCAAGGGCCCUGGUACAAGUUGAUGAAUGAACUGCGUAAUGAUGAUGUACUACCGGGUAGACUGCUACCAUCAUGAUCACCAUUCCUCGCUACAACAUGGAAGAACAUAUCUAUAUGAACAUAAACCGACUUCCUUGUGCAGAAAUAGUCACAAUGAUAGUACCAAUUCAACACGAAAAUUCUGUCUCAGGGAUAAGAUCGAAUUUUUCUAUAUGAACAAGUCAACUCAUGCGAUUAUCCGAUAUUCGAUCGUUUGAUUUUUUCAUUUUUUAAGUCGUCUUUUUUUUUAAACUAAAAUAAUUAUCAAACUCCUCACCUGCAACUGCUAUUAGGAAACCAGCUGUAUAUUUUGGGUUCUUGGAAAAGGGACUGUGUCCGCAGAACGCCCACUCUUCAUUCAUUAGCCCCCCUGAGCUUCGAGCCUCGGGUAUCAUAGAUUCCUGCAAAGAUUUAGGAAUUCAUCGAUCACCUCCACAUAUCAAAUAAACUGAUGGGAUCAUCAAACGGGCAGUCGAAGUAGCUUUUGUUUUGGAAUCUGGUCACACUUUUUAGUUUUAGCUUGGAUUCGCAAGCCCUAGCCAUUGCAUCAUUAAGAUCAUGGUCAUAUUUCUGUCUAGUGUUUAUUGCUGGGACGAAACCAUCCUGAUAAUCACAAUUAGUGUUUAUAGUUCA